ACUCAGCAUUUCCAUUUCUUUGACAGUCCCACUUUUCUAACAGUCCAAAAAGUCAGAAUUUAAAAGAAAAGAAAAUACUUUCCAAGGAUCAGAAGAUCCCAAAUCCAAUCGAGACUGACUGAAUUGAUCGUUGCCAGCAACAGAACCAUGACAAAGAAGGCAUUGUUGAUAGGCUGCAACUACCCAGGAACAAAAGCUGAGCUCAAAGGCUGUAUAAAUGAUGUCAAGAGGAUGUACCGUUGUCUUGUUGAUCGUUAUGGUUUUUCUGAAGAUAACAUAACUAUCUUGAUAGACACGGAUGAUUCUUACACCCAACCAACUGGGAGAAACGUGCGCCAGGCGCUGAAGGAUCUGGUUCGCUCUGCCGAGCCUGGAGACUUGUUGUUUGUCCACUAUAGCGGACAUGGGACAAGGUUGCCUGCUGAAACUGGAGAGGAUGAUGAUACUGGUUACGAUGAGUGCAUUGUCCCUUGUGAUAUGAAUCUUAUCACUGAUGAUGAUUUCAGAGAUUUUGUGGAUCAGGUCCCAGAAGGUUGUCGCAUAACAGUUGUUUCUGAUUCAUGCCAUAGUGGUGGCCUCAUUGAUGAGACUAAAGAGCAGAUAGGGGAGAGCACAAGGCGUCAAGAGGAGGAGGAGGAGAAAGAGGAGGAGGGGUCUUCUGGGUUUGGAUUUAAAAGUUUCUUGAAACAGACUGUGAAAGAUGCAUUUGAAUCUCGUGGAGUUCACAUUCCUUCUGGGUUGCACCCCAGCCGGCGUGUCAAGGAGGAAGAUUUUGAUGACAGAGCAGUUGAAGGAGACUAUGGUGAGCGAGAGUACGUGAAAAGUAGAUCUCUGCCUCUCUCAACUCUCAUAGAAAUACUCAAGCAAAAGACUGGUAAAGAUGACAUUGAUGUUGGGAAGCUGAGGCCAGCCCUUUUUGAUGUCUUUGGAGAAGAUGCAAGCCCUAAGGUGAAGAAGUUCAUGAAGGUUAUCAUGGAUAAACUCCAACUUGGUGAUGGGGAAAGUGGAGGUGGUGGACUCUUUGGAAUGGUUGGGAAUCUUGCCCAGGAAUUUCUCAAACAAAAACUGGAGCAUAACGAGGGGUAUGCACAGGCUGCUGUCGAGACUGAGGUGGGUAGCAAGCAAGAAGUUUAUGCUGGAGCAACUAAGCGUGCACUACCAGAUGGUGGGAUUUUGAUCAGUGGCUGCCAAACUGACCAAACUUCUGCCGAUGCCAGUCCAGGAGGAAAUUCAGCCGAAGCAUAUGGAGCUCUUAGCAAUGCCAUCCAGACUAUACUUGGAGAGGCGGAUGGUGACAUUUCUAACCAGGAGCUUGUUUUGAGAGCUAGGAAGAUUCUGAAGAAGCAGGGUUUCACUCAGCGACCUGGCCUCUACUGCAGCGACCAUCAUGUUGAAGCUCCAUUUGUGUGCUGACCUGAAUGGUUUCUCCAGUACUAAGAGAUAAAUAAAUUUUAUGUGCGUGAGCGUGUGCGUGUUUUUUGAGUGGACUGUGCUGAUUUUUUGUGUUGUCCGUCUGAACUACAAAACCUUGGACCAAAAAUGGUAAUAUUCAAGUUUUAUGGCGCCUGAACCGUGAUGCAGGCUGGUACAAUUCACAUAGACCA